GCACAUCACCUCGGUUGGUUGGUAGUGUAAGAACCUAUCCAGUGGCUAAUGGCGGACAGAACCCCACUUCCUCUUGAAGUGGUGUCGAAUCAUUGCUGCUGUGCGAAUGGCUGUCUUCGGGCCUUCGCAUUUCACGUGAACUGAGCUCGCUCGCCACACUUCCCACCAUUCCGCAGCCACCAAUUCUCACCCACCACUCAAGACGCCUGAGCUAUCGUGAACGUUUUUACAGCUCUCAAAUUUCCCUCUCCCUCGCGCGCUAGUCUUCCUCGCCUCAUGGCGUCGCACCUUCUGCACGCCGUCGUCAGCCACAGCGACCCCGCGCUCCUCGCGGUCCCGUCAUCCCCCACCUCACCCGUCCCGCACACCCCGGUCUCGCCUCACCCCCUCACGCCGCGCGAGCCGCGCCACCUGCUGGUGCUGGACGGCUCGCGCUUCACGUGCGUCAGCGCGCCGCUCGCGCUCUCGCUGCGCCUCUGCUUCCAGGACCACUCCGCCAGCGCCGCCGCCGACUGCUCAGCAGACCCCCAGCAGCGCGCCGAGCAGCGCGCGCGACUGCUCCCGCCGCCCCUUGAAAACGCUUCCCCCGAUACCUCUCCCGAAAGCUCGAGGGAUGGCUCGUUGCGCGCGUCCACGGGGCUAGGCCUUGGCGCAAGUGGGCAGGAGGCAGAGGAGGCGGAUGAUGGGGAUGCGGGGGAUGCGUGCUGCGGGCGGGAGGGGGUGCACGUGCACGCGCACGUGCACCGCGGGGACGCGACUGAAGACGUGCUGCUGGAGCCGUGUCUGCACGCAGGUGUGCCGUCGCCCUACCUGUGCCCCUCCCCCACCCCCUCGCCCCGCCUCCCCCCGCCCUGCGCCCUGGGCGCGUCCUCCCCUGAUUGCGCGGACACAGGCAGUGGCGCUGCUGGCGGGGUCGAGGGGAGUGACGUGGUGGCGAGGAGCAGGGGGGAGGGCGUGAGGGGCUCAGGGGGGAAGGUGCAUGGACAUGGCCCCAGCUGUGAUCACGCGGAGGAGCAGGGCGACGGUGAUGGGCAUGUGCAUGCGGAGGGGUGCGGGCAUGCGAGCAUAGCGCAUGGAGACCAUGUGGACUACCUCAUGCCGCUCCGCGAUGGCUCGUUCCUGCUGCACCACGCACACCACGCACACCACGCACACCACGGGCACCAUGGACACCACGGACACCACGGACACCACGGACACCACGGACACCACGGGCACCACGGGCAUUCGAACCAUGAUGGCCAUGGCCAUGGCGAUGCGCACCAUGCGCAUGAGGCCACCCAUGGCACAACCAGCCACGCCCAUGGCAUUGUACAUAGCCGUGAAGGUCGCACGCCCAUUAGUAGCUGUAGCCAUCAUGCACAUAGCCAUGACCAUCAUGCACAUAGCCCUGACCAUCAUGCACAUAGCCAUGACCAUCAUGCACAUAGCCCUGACCAUCAUGCACAUAGCCAUGACCAUCAUGUAUGUGGGGUUGAUGUGCACGUGCAUGAGGAGCAGAACCACGCAGAAGGAAUGCAUGAUGGCCCGCGCACUGCUGUACAUAGCCAUGACCAUCGUUCUCACGUCAACAGCCAAGCCCAUCCCCAUGCUGAUUCGGACCCUCAUGCCCAUGCGCAAGCCAACGCACAGGGCCCUGCCAUGGCGGCAGCACCAUCCCAUAGCCAUGUCCCCCAGCCCCUUUCCCAUGGCUCCACAGCGCACCCUGCCUCCACCGCUGCCCGAGGGAACAGCUGCAGCGCUGCCAGCUGCAGUGCCACCCGCACUGCCACCCACGUUGCCCCGUGCGGUCACUGUGCGGAUGGCCACAGCCGUGAAGCGCCUCCAGGCGCAUGCGGUUACCACGUGCACGAGCACGGGAGGCUGGUGAAGGUAGGCGCCGCCACGGGGCUGGUGAGGCGGCGGCGGGGCAAGCAGCAGGUGGCCGUGUUCACCUACGAGCACCGCGCGCCCGGCCCCGCCCACUGGGACUGCUGUGGGCGCAGCUCUGGCAGUGCGGUGGUGGUGCGCUGCUCUGAUGUGAUGUGCCGCCGCACGCGGCUGCCAUCCUGUGAUGAGUGUGGUUGCACGGAGGGCAGCGAAGGGGCAGCAGAGCCGGGAGAGAAGCGGCAAGCCAGUGGAGCAGGGCAGCACGCAGCCGUGCCAGGGGCAGCAACUGCAGCGAGGCUGCUUGAUGCUGACGUGGCACAGGUGGUGAAGAGCCAGAGGGUGGCGGCAGCAGCGGCUGCUCUGAUUGGCUGUCAUGUGAGGGAGCCUGUGGUGGGCCGUGGAGUGCAGGCGCGCGGCGGUGAAGGGAGCACGAGCAGCAAGCUGCUUGACCACGGCGAUCAUGGCAGCAGCGGCGCCUGCUGUUGCCAUCACCGCAGCUACAGUCGCGCUGACUCCCACAAUCACACUCACAGCAGUGCUGGCGCUGCUGCUGCCAGCGCUGGUGCCAGUGGAAGCAGCGAGGAAGCAGGAAGAAGGGCGAUGGGGUGUGGGGGGCAGUGCUGCUCGCCUCAUGUGGGGAGCACGCAGGGUGCAGGGAGGAAGGGUGAGAUGGUGGUGCUGGUUGGUGGGGGGGAAGGGGAGGAGGGAGAGGAAGGAGGAGAGGAGGGAGAGGAGGGAGGAAAGCAGGUGGCCGGCAAUGCCGCUCUUGUACUUCGUCGUUUGUUCCUUCUGUCGAAGACCGCAUGUCAACGAGCAGUCAGUGCCAUGGCCACCACGGCAGCGAGUGGCUUUCAAUACGCCCAUGCCAACAGCAACGCUGCCGCCUGUGCUCCUGCCGCCACUGCUGCAGCUGCCACUGGUGCUGGCAGCGUGGGUGGCGCAGUGGUGAGCAGCACGCGCGUGGACGUGUUGGGACUGUGCUGCCCGGCGGAGGAGGCUGUGGUGCACCGAGUGCUGCAGGCGCUGCCGGGCGUGCGGCAUGUGGCGGUGCACACGCCCACCAAGACAGCCGUCGUGCAGCACGAUGCCACCAUCACCACCGCUGCUGACAUCGUGGCGGCGCUGAACGGCGCCCAUCUCAACGCCAGCCAGCAGCACAAGGGCCAAGUGCGGGUGGCGUCGGCGGUGCCGUCGCCGUUCAUGCUGCUGUCGGGCGCGCUGCUCGUCGUCUCCCUCUUCCACUACCUCCUCGCGCCCCUCCAGUUCGUCGCCCUCGCCUCCAUCGCUGCCGGCCUGCCGCCCAUUCUGCUGCGCAGCCUCACAGCGCUGAGGCGGUUCAUACUCGAUAUAAACACCCUCAUGGUCAUUGCAGUGGCGGGAGCCAUCGCCAUCGGGGACUAUGUGGAGGGCGCCUCUGUGGUCUUCCUCUUCUCGCUCGCCAACUACCUUGAGGCGCGCUCCACAGAUAAGGCGCGGGUGGCCAUCCAGGCGUUGAUAGACCGCGCGCCGCAGACUGCAGAGCUGGCAGGCACCGGCGAGCAGGUGCCGGUGGAGCAGGUGCCGGUGGGGGCGCUGCUUGCAGUGCGCCCAGGCGCCAUGGUGGCUGUGGAUGGAGUGGUGCAGAGCGGUGCGAGCAGCGUGGAUGAGAGCAGCCUGACAGGGGAGUCCGUGCUUGUGUUGAAGGACAUGGGCGCGCCCGUGUGGGCAGGCACCGUCAACACCACAGGCUUCUUCACCAUGCGCGCCACGUCCCUGGCGUCUGACUCCGCUGUCGCCCGCAUGGUGGUGCUCAUCGAGGCGGCGCAGUCUGCCCGCUCGCCAGCACAGCGCCUGGUGGAGUCCUUUGCGCGCUUCUACACGCCACUGGUCGUGCUCGCCGCUCUCCUUGUGGCCCUCGUGCCCCUCGCCGUCCCCUCGGCUGACCGCUCCUACUUCCUGCAGCUCGCCCUGCUGCUGCUCGUGGUGGCGUGCCCCUGCGCCCUCGUGCUCUCCACGCCCGUGGCUGCCGUGUGCGGCAUCGCACGCGCGGCGCGGGACGGCGUGCUGGUGAAGGGUGGCGCGGCGCUGGAGAUGCUGGGGCGCGUGCGGGCCGUGGGCGUGGACAAGACCGGCACGCUCACGCACGGGCGGUUCAGGGUGGUGGGGCUCGAACUGGUGGAGGGGGGCGGCUGCAGCAGAGAAGAGUGCCUCCAGUGGCUGGCGGGUGCAGAGAGCCAGUCCAGCCAUCCCAUGGCGGCCGCCCUCCUUGCCUUCUGCCGCCAACACGGGGUGCAUCAGGUGCAGGGGGCGGUGGGUGCUGCUGAUGCAUCCACCCAUGCUGCAGCAGCCAGCACAGGUUUGGCUUCAACUUGCAGCCGUGCGUGCAGCAAGAGCGGUGCUGCGUGGAGCAGUAGCAGUAAGACGAAUGGCAAUGGUCAUGGCGCAUGUGGCGAUGGUCAUGGCGCAUGUGGCGAUGGUCAUGGCACAUGUGGCGAUGGUCAUGGCGCAUGUGGCGAUGGUCAUGGCACAUGUGGCGAUGGUCAUGGCGCAUGUGGCGAUGGUCAUGGCGCAUGUGGCGAUGGUCAUGACGCAUGUGGCGAUGGUCAUGGCGCAUGUGGCGAUGGUCAUGGCGCAUGUGGCGAUGGUCAUGGCACACGUGUGACGGCUCUCGAUGCAUGCAGACAGCCACAUGACACAUCCGAUAUGACUACUGCCACGUAUGGCUUGUGCCAUGAGUCGAAUAGAAAAGACGCAGGGGCAUGUGGUGCAGGGGCAUGUGGUGCAGGGGCAUGUGGUGCAGGGGCAUGUGGCACAAGUGGAGCCAAGAGAGGUUGCUGCAAGGGCCGUGGUUGCUGUGCUGGAGAAGCAAGCAGAGCAGCAGAGGAUGCUCAUGCACUCUGUGGCAACGAUGGCAAGGAUGGCGCUGAGGGGGGGUGCGGCCAUGCAGCAGACGAGCAGUGCGGGGCCGUGAGUGGGUUUGAGACGGUGGCGGGGGAGGGGGUGGAGGCGGUGGUGGGGGGGAGGAGAGUGCAGGUGGGCAACGAGAGGAUGGCGCAGCGCAUGGGAUGGACGCAUGCCAUCCCCCCCUCGCUGCUCGCCCACUGGCUCGGCAUCGGGGCCACGGUGGCGUGGCUUGGGGUGGACGGCCAUCCCAAGGCAGCCGUUGCCGCGGCGGACUCGCUUCGGCCCGAGGCAGGGGAGGCGGUGGGGCAGCUGGUGCGCGGGCUGGGGGUGCACGUGGCCAUGCUCACCGGCGACAACGCCGCGGCCGCCCACCGAGUCAAGCAGCAGCUGCACCCCGCAGUGGAGGUGCAUUCUCACCUGCUGCCCGAGGGCAAGGUGGCGGUGGUGGCGGCGCUGAGGGCGGCGCACGGCAUCACCUGCAUGGUGGGCGACGGCAUCAACGACGCGCCUGCUCUCGCCGCCGCUGACGUCAGCGUCGCCAUGGGCACCAUCGCGUCCGCAUCAGCCAUGGAGGCUGCUGACGUGGCGCUGAUGUCAGACGACCUGCGCCAGCUGGCGCGGGCGCUGUGGCUGGGGCGGGCGGUACGGUGGGUGGUGGUGGAGAACGUGGCGGUGUCGGUGGCCGUGAAGGCCGUCGUGCUGGGGCUCGCAGUGGCGGGCCGCGCGCAGCUGUGGCUGGCCGUGCUGGCUGACGUGGGCACCAGCCUGGCUGUGGUGGCCAACUCGCUUAGGCUGCUCAGGAGCGGGGCGGUGGGUGGGUGCUGGUGGGGCGGGUGGUGAUGAUGGUGGCGUUGCCAGGGGAUCGGUGUGUGCGGCUUGGUUGUGGGCUCUGGAAUUCAGCGCCAUGCCUGUGUGAGGAAACCUGUGCAUUCCCCCGAGGUCGUUGUGUGCUGGUACCAUAUUUCCUCGCCAUUUAUUGACUGUCGCUGUUGCAGUUUUCCAUGGCCUUAUCCUGUGUUGGAGCUUCCCCCGGUAGGUGCUCCCUUGGGUAGGCAAGGUCAAGUGCUCUCUGUGGAAAGAAAGGGCACAAAAAGGUGCAGUCUCGUCUCAGGUGCGUCCAGUGUUGUGGCGUCGGACCCGCGACGAGGCGAGGCGAGGCGAGGCGAGGCGAUGGACCUCGAGGAGCAGACAGGGGUUUCGCUGAGCACAAGGAGUGUCGGGCUACGCUGCAGGGAGCGACGUUAGCGGAGAGCAAGGGACACGCAAACGUUGUGGGGCCCGCAAGGUGGCAUGGAACGAGAUGACGACGCCGCUCUUGCUCUCAUGCGGAAUGGUAUUCCUUUCGAUGGCGAGUUUCAACCGGCGCCGCGGUGAAUGUCGCCACCGACCAUCGCGCACAGAGGAGCAGAACGUCGAUUCUAGGAUUACCUUUCGUUGUACGUGUCGACGCCUAUUCAGGGCAACGUUGGCGACGGGAAUCUGAGAUGCGGACCAACAGUUUCCGCUGUCUAGGUUUCGCUUCAGUUCCAGUGCGACGGGAACCCGCCAUCCGCAGUUGCCGCGUGCUAAUGGUUAGGCUGCACGGUACGCUGGCGGCGACAAUCACAGAUGUGAACAGUGCAUCACACCUGCCUCUACAAUGGGGCCUUGAGGUGACUUGCCUUCGUCGGGAUGAAAAAACUGUCUAACAUAACUUAUGUUGUUACUGUAGACUAUACAGGUUUGUGCCUUAGAGGGUACAACACACUAGUCUAUAUUUCCCUGUAUCUUCCUAUUCU